GGAGUUAAUUCUCAAUUCUCUCGUCACCGCUGCGGUCCUCGCCUCUCUGUUCACGCGCUAAGGGGCAGGAUGGCCGCUAUUGUUGCUAUUCUGGUGAGCAGUCUACUAGGUUGAGCUGAUCGUUCACAACUUCAUAUCUUCAUUAAUUGAGGGCUUUAUGUUCUCUCCUCAUUGGAGUGUUUGACUAAUAUAUUGGUCCGGUGUAGAGGCGAUCUGAUGAACAGAUAAUAAAAGACGGCCUUCAUACGGUGAAUAUAAGGGUUUUAGUGUUUGACCGAUUCAAGCUCUGGAGAAUUUCUAUGAAUUCACGAAUGUUGACUUAUUAAGUCAAGAAGCAUUAGAAAAGACGGAAAGGCAUACAGGCAGAAAAAAACAGUUCUCGAUUUAAACGUAUGAAUAUACACAUUUUAACUCUGACUUGGAUUUGGAUUUAAAUACUAGUCCAGUGUUUCCAAACUCAAUUUCCAAACAUUAUACAAACUCUGGAUAAUUCAGUAAUAUCAUAUAUACAGAAAUGAUUUCCACUUAAAGGAAGUUCUAAUACAUUCAAGUCUCAAUCUACCCACGCAGUCAUGUACAUUUUCAAUUCAAAGUUUUUUCCCCGACACAGAUUGAUGUGAGAACUGAACUUGUAGACGAUCGCCUUUAUAUACGCAGCUAUAAACCCUGCAAGAGAUGGAGGAAUACUUCAUUUUAACUUGCACAUAGUAUAAGCAUUUUUAAAGUGAACUCUAAUACUAUCAGUUAAUAGAAGAAACAUUGACAGAUUUCCUGACCCAGUUUCCCUGAUAGUCACCAACUCUUGGACAACAGAGAGUGAAGAUGUUUACAAAUUUGAAAAUGUAUUUCUAACUCUGUUUGGAAAUAAACAUGGUAUCUGUUCUUUUACCUGGUGCUGAGAACUUCAACUCGGCUACAAUUAUAUUCAUAUCGUGCAACAGGAAAAGCCGAUAACUUCAGAGUUCAUGAUUGGUCAAAUUAACUUUUUUUUUCUCUGGCAGAGCCAUUUACUAUGCAUGCAUUAAGUCAUGUAAUCAGCAACAAGACCUCCUGGUGUCAGAGUAUCAAUAAAAGUCAGGGAAAGUUAACUCAUGUUGAGUAAACCAACGCAAACACACUCACACAUAUUUGAAUUCUAUUGACCAGUCUGUGAUUACAUUCAUCGAUUACUGCAGAAGUGGGGCCUCGUCUUCAAGCCCUAUCCAAGUAGCAGCAUUCAAAAGAUUCAAGAUAUUGAGUGACCAGUGGCCUGAAAUGGACGCAAGUGACCGCCUCUCCACGUUAUCGUACAAUGAGCAGCCACCUAGUAACCUCAGCCUGGCCUCCAGUGGGAUUUCCAACAAUACAGCAUUCAUUCUGGUGUUAAAGAACAUCUUCCUGGUCAGCACCCCUACCAUCUGUGUCACUGCUGUCACUGGCAACGUCCUUGCAUUUUUCGUCUUUGUUUCCAAGUCUCUGAGACGUACGUCCUGCAGCUGGUAUCUUGCGGCCAGGUCAGUUUCCGACAGCGGCUUUCUGAUUUUUAAUUUUUUAUCAUGGUUAUCGGAAACCUUUUCACUGAACUUUAUCCAUUUGGCUGGAAUGUGUCAGGUGUUCGUGUUUUUCACCUAUCUCUUCUCCUUCCUGUCUGUCUGGCUCACUGUUGUAGUCACAUUGGAGAAUUACGUCAGGAUAUGUCGACCUUUUAGUGUCCAGAAGUUUUGUAAUACUCUGAUAGCAAGGAACACUAUCCUAGUCCUUGUGUCUGUAGGCAUACUGCUCUACAACUUCCCCUUCUGGGUUAAUGUAAGUGUAGCAACAUCGUAUGGAAACAGCACGCUGGUUUGGUGCAAGUUCAAGGAUGAAUUCAAAGCCUUUAUGAAAGCAGUGCUUUUUGUGGACACUCUGACCACUUUAGUGGUCCCGUCCAUCCUGAUUGUGGUUCUGAUGGUGGCCAUCACCUUCAGCCUCAUCAAGUCCUUAAAAAGACAGUCAAGACUCCAGGGCGUAGGUUCAAGGUCAGCGUGCACCAAUGGGGAGACAGGUGGUGGAGGUAGAAGCAGAUCCAAAAGUUCUCCACAAGCCAAGGUCACCAGGAUGCUGUUUGCUGUGUCAUUCUUCUUUAUUCUUCUAAACGGACCCAGUCAUUUCAUCAGAGCUUACCGAGUCUUCCUGCCAGUUAACCCAACGCCAGUUAACCAAACGUCAGCUGACCACCAAACUUUAUCCCCAGGAGUCGAGGAACAGGCCCAGGUGUUUUGUGAGAUGAUCUACUACUUGUGCUUCGCUGUAAACCUGGUCAUCUAUUUAACCUUCGGACGUAGUUUCAGGAAACAGUUUAAAGAAACGUAUUUCUCCUACUGUCUGCGUCACAACUCACCAUCUGGCUGUAGCGAGAUGACGGCAAUGUCCACAGUCCGCCUUGAGGAAAUAGAAAACCGUAAUGAGGACCAGGCUGCGCUAAUUGAGCCUAAUGCUAACAAAGAUAAUAAUAACACUGGCUCUUAAGACAGAAGAACAACAGAAUGAAUGCGUAGGCAGAUACGUAUUUGCAUUUUAUACUGCAGUCAUUAGAAUUGAAAGUAAGUAGGAAGUACUAAACAUAUCUGCAUAUGUUGACAUGAUGGUUGACCUACUAUUAGCGUAGAAUGAAACUGGUGCGUUCAAUAAUGUUUGCAGUACUUCAAGUGGUUUCUAAAGGCAACAUGAGGAAGUGUAUUUUCCACUGCAGAGCAAGGCGUCCUUAGAUCAUUUUUAAAUAGGAUAGUGGAUAUGUGUUCAUGAAUUUAACGACUAGAUUAACUUGCGGUUAAGUGAAACUUGUAAUUAUCUUUUUUUUUAUGGUAUCUCUGUAACUGCAGAAUUAGAGAGGCGGAUCCUAGCCAUGUAAUCAAGAUGAUAUAGAAGGAUCCUAGCUCUUCCCUACAAAGACCGUAAAACAAUUAGGUAUAUUGGAAACAGGAUCACAAUGACCACAAUGACCUGCUGACCACUGUCAGAAAAAGCAAACUUAACUAUAUAGCCAUAUCAAGAGGUCCUAAAUACCUUCUUUUAGGGAACAGUACCAGAAAAAGAAGAGGCAGACAGACAAAUGGAUGGGAAGACAACAUCAAAGAAUGGACGAGCCUGUCAGUGAAAGAGAUUCUAGUCAAAACAAAAGUCAGAGAAGAAUAGAAGUGAAAGAAGAUCAACUACGGACUAAAUUGAAGGAAGUUGAAUUGAUACGUUUUAAAAUCUUAUGUUCAAGUUUUGUUUUGUGUGUUUUACAUAUGAAAAAAAAAGGAUAACAACAUAAUUCGUGUCUUAGAUCAAUAGCUCAUUAUGUGAUUCUACUCUUCAUGGUAUCAUGAUUUUAUCUUCACGGUUACUCUUAAGUUUUGUUUGUAAACUGGACAUUUUAAAGUAGACUAGUGUAUACAUUCGCAAUGGAUUAAGUAAUCAUUGAGCUGAAAACUUUGACAAUGUCUGGCAAAACAUUUGGUGAAGAUGCUCAAAAUAUUGUUCUUGUCAUUGUCUGGAUGUCUAAUCAAGUCUUUUAUUUCUAUUGUCACAAAAUUAGAUCGACUUAAAAAAAAAACAUGUUUUGGUUUUCUGACUGACUCAUUCACUAAAUAAUUAACACAGUCAUUCAUCCAGUGACUGACAUCAGACGUCAUUCAUCGAGUGAAUUACAACAGACAAAGUCAUUCAUCAAGUGACUGACAUCAGACGGCAUUCAUUAAGUGACUGACACCAGACAACGUUAUUACACAAAGCCACCUGGACAUUGCCUCUUUAACUCAGAUAAAAGUACACCUCAGAAAAAUGUCUGGAUGGUUGAUCUGUUUUUUUAAACAUUGACUGUGUUUGUAUACAAACACUGACCUGCGUUUGUAAACAUUGACCUGUGUUUGUGCACAAACACUGACCUGUGUUUGUAAACAUUGACCUGUGUUUGUGCACAAACACUGACCUGCAUUUGUAAACAAUUACCUGUGUUUGUACAGAAACACUGACAUGUGUUGGUGAACAUUGACCUGUGUUUGUGACAAUUACUGACCUGCGUUUGUAAACAUUGACCUGUGUUUGUAAACAAUGCUUCAAUCUUUUUUUUAUAUUAUCACUUAACUAUUAUGUCUAGAUUUUCACUAUACUGACAUUGCAAUAACUGUGAUACGAUUGUAUAAAGUAUUUUCAUUGUCGUGUCCAGUUCAUAUUUUUACUUGACCGUGUACACUGUCCAGCAUGGUUAGAAGGGACAUCACAAUGUGACACAUUUCUUACUUUAAGUGAAACUGUUUCAAGUCUUCACAAUGUUUUAGGUGAACAUGUUGUUGAAUAUAUGCUUGUAUCUUGUGCCACAACUACGUCAUCCAUCUUGACCUAUGAUUAGCUCCCACUUCCUGAUGAAAAUGAGCAUAAUCUCAAUUCCGAUGAAUGUGUUGAUGUCAAUAUACAAUGGAAUCCUAUCUAUGCUGUGUAAUGUUGUGUUCUUGGAGCUAAAGUUUGCUUUAGACGAACAGGAGAAUGGUUAUUUCCUUAAUUGAUACAUUUAAUUACAUUGAAAUCUGUAGGUCCUAGUUGUUAAUGACAAAUCAAGUGACAUUGAAAUUGUAAGGACUAUGUUCGGUUCAUUCUACAAAUGUGUUACUGUUUUUGUUUGUUUUUAAUUUAAAAAAAUAGAAGCAUAGAAAUACAAUGACUGGGCUAUGUUAUGUAAUGAGUACAGUUAAAUGCCCAGCUCAUUAAUGAUAAAUCAGCUCGAUUCAAAUGAUUGCAUUUUGAUCAUGUAUUAAACAUUUCUAUUCUAUCGUU